CUCGUGAUUCGCUCCCACAGGCGGGACCUUUGUCCAUCUGCCGACUGCGGGAGGCCCAAGCCCAGAAGAGGCAGGGCGAGCCGGGUGGGGAAAGUUUGAGACAAACAGGGAGAUUGACAAAGAGACAGGCCAGUAGAAGGAGAGAGAGACUGAAAAGAGGUGGGGGGACCAAGAGAGACCAAGUCACUUGCCUGAAGUCACACAGCUAAAGGAGACGGACCAGAACCUCCACCAGACCCAGUGGUGACAGAAAAAUGGCCACCUGGAAUGAAAAGGCAAACACCCGCAGGGCCAGGGUGGCUCCUGCCGAGAGGAUGAGCAGAUUCCUGAGGCACUUCACGGUUGUUGGGGACGACUACCACGCCUGGAACAUCAACUACAAGAAGUGGGAAAAUGAGGAGGAGGAGGAGGAGGAACAGCCGCCAACGCCAGCCUCUGGUGAGGAGAGCAGAGCUGAUGACCCAACUGCUGGCCCUGCCCCAGCACCCAGGCCACUCCCAAACUUCAGGACCACAUUGCGGAAGCUCUUCAGCUGUCACAGGUUUCAGGUUAUCAUCAUUUGCCUGGUCGUUCUGGAUGCCCUCCUGGUGCUUGCCGAACUCAUCCUGGACCUGAAGAUCAUUCAGCCUGACAGGAACAACUACGCUGCCAGGGUGUUCCACUACAUGAGCAUCGCCAUCUUGACCUUUUUUAUGAUGGAGGUUUCCUUUAAAAUAUUUGUCUUCCGCCUGGAGUUCUUUCACCACAAGUUUGAAAUCCUGGAUGCCAUCGUGGUGGUGGUUUCCUUCAUCCUCGACAUCGUCCUCCUGUUCCGAGAGCAUGAGUUUGAGGCUCUUGGCCUGUUGAUUCUGCUCCGGCUGUGGCGGGUGGCCCGCAUCGUCAACGGGAUCAUUAUCUCAGUUAAGACACGUUCAGAACGGCAACUCUUAAGGUUAAAACAGAUGAAUAUACAAUUGGCCGCCAAGAUCCAACACCUUGAGUUCAGCUGCACUGAGAAGGAACAAGAAAUUGAAAGACUUAACAAGCUAUUGAGACAGCAUGGACUUCUUGGUGAGGUGAACUAGAUGCAUACCACUCCACCCCAAGAAGAACCCUGCCUCGGGGCCUGGGUUGGGCCCAGGCCGAGGACAGCAGCCUUUCCUGGGCCGUGUGGGGAGAGGUUUGCUUCCAUGCUUCUGACUCCCGCACGUCCAGCUCCGAUUCGGUGUGGGCAGUUUUUCUGAAGGCUGUGUUCCUCCCUUAGUGUGGCCAGGAGUGCCCCAUCCCAGUCCCACCCUCACUUGUGUAAUGUAUCAUGAACUGUCUUCUCAUAGUGAACUCUUUACUCUUGCUUGAAGAUGAACAACAGAGCGGGUAAUUACUAGUUGUAUAUAAAAUAUAACUUCCUCAAGUGUCGUUUUUAAAGUUCACGUAUAUGCUGAGGGCCUGCACAUCCUUCCACAUGAGCUUUCUGAAAAACAGCCAAAAAAAAAAAAAAAAGAAAAA